GUUCUUGGUCGCUGGAACAUCAGUCUCCGGGCGACAUCGCAAAGGGCACGUGUGUGCGUUCUGCUGGAAAGGAUUGAAACUUGGCACGGUCGUGGGAAAGGGAGACUUCUGCGGGAAGAGUGCUGCGUCCAAAGCUGCAAUAUUGCUACUUGCCAGGGCUCCUUUGUCUAUCUCUGCAAAUACUACUUUCCCAUUCUCUGGCUCAGCCGCCCUACCGUUUCUCUUCCAUCCCUCGCCCUGUUGACAUCAUGGAGAAGCUUGCCCCUGAACGAGUUGUUUAGAAGAGACAGAUGAGAGCAGAAUUUGUUUUUGUGUAAAGAACAUUUUCCCAAAGAAAAUGCAUUGUUUUGAAGGAGAAAAAUAAACAGAUAUUUUUCAAAAUUCACCUUUACUAUCUGUUAGGAAAUCUACAGUUUCUUCAACCCACUUUGUAUACAGGAAGCAGUCAUGUUUCAUGAUUCCUCAAAACUGUGAGACAAGAGAAUGUAGUACAGUGAGGCCAGAAGUCCUUACUGGUUCAAAGAACUCCGGGGAAACUUGUGAUAGAACAUUUUGCAUUAUAAGUAGAGCCCCAGGAGCCAGAGGUGAAUACAAUAUCCACAGAGCUCCGCUGCAGGGCUGAUCUGGGUCUGGAAGAAAUGGAUGAGAGCUACUGGAUGCCAUUCACUAAUACUAGACAUCUGAGUCCUCUAAUAAUUGUGAAUGAACUUUGUUAAGUAUGGAUUCAGGUGGUGGAAGUCUUGGAUUGCACACUUCAGACGCUAGAAUGGCCCAUACCAUGAUUAUGCAGGAUUUUGUUUGUAUUGUAGUGGCUGGAAUGGCUGGUACUGCACAUAUCGAUGGAGACCAUAUUGUUGUUUCAGUUCCUGAAGCUGUAUUAGUUUCUGAUGUUGUCACAGAUGAUGGGAUUACUCUUGAUCAUGGCCUUGCAGCUGAAGUUGUCCAUGGGCCUGAUAUUAUUACAGAGACUGAUGUAGUAACAGAAGGUGUGAUUGUCCCUGAAGCUGUACUUGAAGCUGAUGUUGCCAUUGAAGAAGAUUUAGAGGAAGAUGAUGGAGAUCAUAUCUUGACUUCCGAACUAAUUACAGAAACCGUUAGGGUACCAGAACAGGUUUUUGUAGCUGAUCUUGUUACUGGUCCUGAUGGACAUUUGGGACAUGUGGUCCAAGAUUGUGUUUCAGGUGUUGACUCUCCCACAAUGGUAUCAGAAGAAGUUCUUGUAACUAAUUCAGAUACAGAAACUGUAAUCCAAGCAGCUGGUGGUGUUCCUGGUUCUACUGUUACAAUAAAAACUGAAGACGACGAUGAUGAUGAUGAUGAUGUCAAGAGCACUUCUGAAGACUACUUAAUGAUAUCUUUGGAUGAUGUGGGAGAGAAAUUAGAGCAUAUGGGGAACACACCAUUAAAAAUUGGUAGUGAUGGCUCACAAGAAGAUGUUAAAGAAGAUGGAUUUGGUUCAGAAGUGAUAAAAGUGUAUAUAUUUAAAGCAGAGGCUGAAGAUGAUGUUGAAAUAGGUGGGACAGAAAUUGUCACAGAGAGUGAAUAUACCAGUGGACAUUCUGUAGCUGGCGUGCUUGACCAGAGCCGAAUGCAGCGAGAGAAAAUGGUUUACAUGGCAGUUAAAGAUUCUUCCCAAGAAGAGGAUGAUAUCAAUGAAAGAAGAGUUUCCCGAAGGUAUGAAGAUUGUCAAGCAACAGGAAACACUUUUGACUCAGCAUUAGAAAACAGAAACACUACAGCAGCACAGUACCUUCAGAUUUGUGAUAGCAUUAACACAAAUAAAGUACUUAAACAAAAAAUCAAGAAGAGGCGAAGGGGAGAAACAAGGCAGUGGCAAACAGCUGUUAUAAUAGGGCCUGAUGGACAGCCCUUGACGGUAUACCCUUGCCAUAUUUGCACAAAAAAGUUUAAAUCCAGGGGAUUCUUAAAAAGACACAUGAAGAAUCAUCCUGAUCAUUUGAUGAGAAAGAAAUAUCAAUGUACAGACUGUGACUUUACAACUAACAAGAAAGUGAGUUUCCAUAACCACUUAGAAAGCCAUAAGCUCAUAAACAAAGUUGAUAAAACCCAUGAAUUUACAGAAUACACUCGAAGAUACAGAGAAGCUAGUCCACUGAGUUCAAAUAAACUCAUCUUAAGAGACAAAGAGCCGAAGAUGCACAAGUGUAAAUACUGUGAUUAUGAAACUGCCGAACAAGGACUGUUAAAUAGACAUUUGCUGGCGGUUCACAGCAAGAAUUUUCCUCAUGUUUGUGUUGAGUGUGGAAAGGGUUUUCGUCAUCCAUCUGAACUUAAGAAACAUAUGAGAACCCAUACCGGUGAGAAGCCAUAUCAGUGUCAGUAUUGUGUCUUCAGGUGUGCAGAUCAAUCAAAUCUGAAAACUCACAUUAAGUCUAAGCAUGGUAGCAACUUGCCAUAUAAAUGUGAGCAUUGUCCUCAAGCAUUUGGUGAUGAAAGAGAGCUUCAACGCCAUCUGGAUUUGUUUCAAGGACAUAAAACACACCAAUGUCCUCAUUGUGACCAUAAGAGCACCAACUCAAGUGACCUUAAGCGGCACAUCAUAUCUGUCCAUACCAAGGACUUUCCUCACAAAUGUGAAGUCUGUGAUAAAGGUUUCCAUCGUCCUUCAGAGCUUAAAAAACACAGUGAUAUUCAUAAGGGUAGGAAGAUUCAUCAGUGUAGGCAUUGUGACUUUAAAACAUCAGAUCCAUUUAUUCUUAGUGGUCAUAUCCUUUCAGUUCAUACUAAGGAUCAGUCAUUGAAGUGUAAACGGUGCAAGAGAGGGUUUAGACAACAGAAUGAGCUGAAAAAGCACAUGAAGACGCAUACUGGAAGGAAGAUUUACCAAUGUGAAUAUUGUGAAUACAGCACCACAGAUGCAUCUGGCUUUAAACGACAUGUGAUUUCGAUACAUACAAAAGACUAUCCACACAGGUGUGAAUUCUGCAAGAAGGGAUUCCGAAGACCAUCAGAAAAAAAUCAGCAUAUAAUGAGGCACCACAAGGAGACUCUUAUAUAGUAAGAUCAGUAUAAGGAAAGAAGUUAUUUACGAAAUAAGAUUAAGAUAUGCUAUUUGGGAGGAGAAUCUUACUGUUUUAUCUGGUUUCAAAGCUUGAUAUUAAGUCAUACCUUUAACAUUCUUUGUAAUAAAGAUCUUAAAAUAUUUGGAUUAGAAGGGUAAUCUCAUAGCCCUGUGAAAAUGACUUAAAGAAUUUAAGAAGCACCGUAGGAUGGUUGCAGAGGGACUUAAUUGUGUAUUAACAGUAUUAUAUGCAUAACUAAACUACAGAGGGGAAAGUUAAGACACCUUAUUUGAAUGGUAACACUAGAGUAAGUGUUUCUGAAAGAGAAUACAUGAUUUAGAAAUGCUUUGCUGUAGCAAGCAGCCUCACUUUUAUGCAAUUUUAGAAAUGGGGUAGGCAAAGAAAAUGCAGUCAUUCAUCAGUCACUUAGUCAUUGAGCCUUUUAUAUUGUACCUGGACAUUGGAUUCCAGAAAUGGCAAAAGUUUUGUGUAUUGUUACAAGGAAUCUCACUGAGAAACCAAGUUAUAUUCAUUCAGUACUAGUAAAAAAAAAGAACUUCAGAGUUGCUGAUAUUUUAUCACAGGAUAGGAUGUUUAAAACAUAGCAUUCUGUCCUGAAAUCUGAAGUAAAAUAUAAGAAAUAAAGUUCCAGUUUUGAUGUUCAAGUAGAUUCAGUAUGGCAUAUAUGAUGAAAGUGUAUUUGAGUUAAAUGUGGCUUUCUAAAAUGGAUGCAACUAUAAUGUUACAAAGUCAGCACUAUGUUUCUUAUAAUCUAAAUAUUAAAUUGAGAGAACAGUUUUCUUAAAUAUUAAAAUAUUUAGAAUUUUUAGGACAGUUUUACAAGUAUGACUGUUCAAGUCUUACUUGCUCUAAUGUUUAAAGGUGCAAUUUUAUGCCAUUAUUGAAAAGUUUGAUUUUUAAAAUCUAUAUACCAUAUUCUUAACAUGAAUUUUCAAUGAGGCGGUAUUUAUGCAGUAGUUGACAGAACAAUAUGCUGCCAAUAGAGUUUGGAGGUGGAUAUUCAGUUUACAGUGUAUAAAUUUAAAAUAUGCAUCCCUUUAACAACGCUUUGUGUUAGCAUGCUGCAAAUCAAAAUGGCGCUUAAUAUUAAAAGCUGAUGUAGGGAAUUUUAAUGAAAAUCCUGUUCAUAAAUGUAAUGCAUAUGAUGUGUACUUUUAAGUUUUAGUUGGCUUAAUUUAGUUUAUAUUCAGCUGUUCAGCAUAGUUAAAAUGAAAUUUUUCUUUAUGCUAUAUUGUGGCUUUGUGUUUUAAGUAAUAUUCACCUUUCUGUUUUUGCACCAGAUAAGAAUCAGUUACUUGAAAAUAAAUUUUUUAUCUUUCUUAACUUCAGAAUACUAAAUUUGGGAAAUCUACUAAACGUGUGUUAUGUGGCUGUAAAUGAUGUACACGCUGUAAAAUAAGAUUGUUACUGUUAUGUGGACUUAUUAUUUCUAAAUGUUACUCAUUGAAAUGAGCAUACAAUAAAAAGCAUUUAUUGCACUUCAAA